AUGCCUUCUCGUGAAGAUUCCGUCUACCUUGCCAAAUUGGCUGAACAAGCUGAACGUUAUGAAGAAAUGGUUGAAAACAUGAAAGCUGUUGCUUCAUCUGGUCAAGAAUUAUCUGUUGAAGAACGUAAUUUAUUAUCUGUUGCUUACAAGAAUGUCAUUGGUGCUCGUCGUGCUUCUUGGAGAAUUGUAUCAUCUAUUGAACAAAAAGAAGAAUCUAAAGGUAAUGAUACUCAAGUUGCUUUAAUUAGAGAAUAUCGUUCCAAGAUUGAAGCUGAAUUAUCAAAAAUUUGUGAAGAUAUUUUAUCUGUUUUAUCUGAUCAUUUAAUUUCAUCUGCUCAAACUGGUGAAUCCAAGGUCUUUUAUUAUAAAAUGAAGGGUGAUUACCAUAGAUAUUUAGCUGAAUUUGCUGUUUCAGAAAAACGUAAAGAAGCUGCUGAUUUAUCAUUAGAAGCUUAUAAAUCAGCUUCCGAUGUUGCUGUUACUGAGUUACCACCAACUCAUCCAAUUAGAUUAGGUUUAGCAUUAAACUUCUCCGUUUUCUAUUAUGAAAUUUUGAAUUCCCCAGAUAGAGCUUGUCAUUUAGCUAAACAAGCAUUUGAUGAUGCUGUUGCUGACUUAGAAACCUUAUCCGAAGAUUCAUACAAGGAUUCCACUUUAAUCAUGCAAUUGUUGAGAGAUAACUUAACUUUAUGGACUGAUUUAUCUGAAGCUCCAGCUGCUGCUGAAGAACAGCAACCAGCUCAACAAUCAGCAGAAGCUAAAGAUGAGGAAUAG